GUAAAUUGGAAAGCACUAAGGAAGUACAAAUGAAAUUAGAGUGUUGAACAAGAAAGAAAACAAAGGAUGAUAUACCGCAGCGCCGCCGGAAACCCUGUUAAUUUAUCUAAUCUUCUUCUACGACUAUUCUAAUUUCUGACUUCAUUUUCUUCUACAUCUUUCCACGUACGCUUCUCUCUUUCCAUAUUUUCUCUAAAUUUUGCCUAAAUUUCCACAAUAAUCAAAAUUUGGUCUUCCCCCAACAAAAAAAACCCCAACUUUUUUCUAUUUACAAAAAUCUCCAUGGUUAUCUCUCUAAAAGCUUAGGAAAAUUCGAUAAUGGAGGAAGUGGACCCACCUCAGCAGCAACUCCUAAAACCCCACCAUACGUGUCAAGCUCACUUCUUUACUGCCCCCCAAAGCCCAACUCACCCUUCUGUUUUUUCAAUUUCGGAUUCUGAACCCGAUUCCUGUGACUUGGAUCCCAGCCCUAUUUUCCACCCCGAUGAAGAUCAGGUAAGCUUUGUUAAUGACAUGUUUCAGCAUAGUUCGUCUCAAUUUGGGUUAAUUUCUGGGUCUUCUAUUGGUGUGGGAUUAGGGUUAGGAUUAGGGUUUGGUUCUGGUGAUCAAAGCUAUAGACUUUCCAGUGAUGCUGAAAGGAGUGAUGAAAUUGAUUUAGAGUUAGGGUUAGGACAUCGUAAUUGUAAUGAUAAUUCAGUUCGAAUGAAUGAAGAAACGCGUCGUUUUGAGGGUUUGCGUGUUGUGAAUAUUGAUGAUUCUGAUUCUGAUUCCGAUUAUGAAGAUGGGAUAAAUUUUACGAAUCAUGAUAAUCGUCAAGGGCUUGGUGCAGUUAGUGAUUUUGAUCGUCCGCCCUAUUGCUGGGAUUAUUUAGGGUUUAACAAUGGGAAUCGAACUGAAAAUAUUGAAUUUGAUAGGAGAGAAACUGAUGUGGGGAGUGUUGUGAAUGAUAAUUUCGAUGAGUUUUUCAUUGACGAAGAUUAUAACGAUGAGGAUGAGGAUGUUGGAACACCAAUUCAGCUUGAUACAGAUGUGUCGAAUGUUUUCGAUACAUAUAGGAUGAGGUCAGAACAGCAAGAGAUUUCAAUUGAUUCUGAUACUGAUGUAAUGGGUGAAUUCGGUUCUGAAACAUAUCAUGAUUUCGAGUGGGAGUUAUUGUUCGCUGUUAAUAACUUUAAUCGACAGGUUAAUGAUUUAGAUUUCAAUGUGGAUAUGUACGAGGCGAUUCUAGGUGAAAUGGAGGAUCAUAUGAAUGAAUGGAGGGGAAGUCCUCCAGCUGCCGAGUCAGUUAUUGAGAACCUCUCGAGUAUUCAGGUGGCUGUUGAGAGUUUGGAGGAGGAUGAGGUUGUGUGUGCUAUUUGUAGGGAUGAGGUUUUAGGGAAGGAAGUGAUGAAGCAGCUUCCUUGCUUACAUUAUUACCAUGGCGACUGUAUUGUCCCGUGGUUGAAGAUAAGAAACACAUGUCCAGUUUGUCGGCAUGAACUGCCUACUGAUGAUGCUGAGUACGAAAAUCAGAAGAGGGCGAGGGAGCAGGACGAAUGGCUGAACCUCGUUAGUAAUGAGGAUUUAACUCAGGAUUCACAGUUAAGGUAUGAUUUCCAUGUGUUUCUUUGAAAACAAUAUGUAAUCUUAAGUGUCAAAUGGCUCCAUUGUUUGUUUGGAGCUCUAGUGUGUUAUAGUUAGGUGCUUGACAGAACAAUUUUAUCAAGGUCAUUCUGAUGCAAAUUCAGUAACUGUAUUUAAAUCAGAAAUUGAAACUGUACAGUAAUAUAUGUUGUAAAUUAUUGUGAAAGUGUAAUGAAAUAAUAUGGUGGUGGUCUUGGCAUUUGCGCCUCCCUUACUGCUUUUAUAAUUUGGUUAAGUUGUUGAAUGA